AUGGGAAUUUUCCACCGAGGCGGUAAAGCGCCAGACGGGGAGGAAAAGGGCACAGCUCCCGCUGACGCUGAUGUGGAAAUGAACUCUCCCUCUUCUGCACCCACCGCUGUAGCUGAAAAGCGCCGUUUAGCUGGACAACAUGUCGUCAACGAAGCUGGUCUGAGAGUUACAAAAGGAAUUGCCCCCGACGGGGAGAGUGGCAGAUCCUGGAUUCACCCAUGGCACUUCCUCCGAAUCUGCUUUAUCUCAUCAUGCCAUGCAUCGAUGUGCGUCAACAUAUUGUGGCCCUUUGUGCCCGCUGCUCUGGCAGUUCGAUACGCCCGACCCGACCUCAACCUGAUUAUCUUCAUCCUCAGCUACAUCGCCAUGGUCCCGAGUGCCAACCUUGUUGGCUUCGUUGGCCAGGAGUUCAGCCGGAAGCUGCCGAGAGUUUUGGGAGUCUUGAUGGAGACGACCUUUGGAUCUAUUAUUGAGAUUGUGUUGUUUAUGGUGCUUCUCACCCAGGGCGAAUAUCUUGUCAUCCAAGCUGCUAUACUGGGCUCUGUCUUGGCGACGAUGUUGCUUUGUCUCGGGCUCUGCUUCUUCGUCGGUGGCCUUCGCCGCAACGAGCAGACAUUCGAUGAGGCUAUUAGUGAAGUGGGAAAUGGCCUGUUACUUAUUGCUGGCCUUGGUCUUGUCGUUCCGACAGCUUUCUACAACGCACUUCAGACUAGCAGCGAUAUUACACCUGAGAAUCUGAAAACGGCAGUUCUGCAAAUUUCCCGAAUCACGGCAAUUCUGCUUAUUAUAUCAUACGGCUUCUACAUAUUCUUUAAUAUGCGAUCUCACCACAGCAUUUACGAUGCCAUUUUCUUGAAAGACGAGCAUGGGGAUGCGGAUCGCGAACAGGACAUCAUAAAGCCCAGGCUGACUCUAACAGAGUCUGUUCUUGCCUUGGCCAUCGCCGUCGCGCUGGUGACUUUAAUGGCCAUCUCCCUGGUGAUGGAGAUCCCACACAUAGUCGAGAAUAAGGGAGUCUCAGAUCUAUUUAUGGGCUUAAUUCUCGUCCCACUCGUGGAGAAAGCCGCAGAACACAUAACUGCCAUCGACGAAGCCUGGGACAAUUCCAUGAACUUUGCCUUGGCCCACAUUUUGGGAGCAACUAUCCAGACUGCACUGUUUAAUGCACCUCUGGCCGUCAUCGUUAGUUGGGGUCUUCAUCGCGACCUGGACCUAAACUUUGACCUCUUCACAAUUGUUGUCGUCAUCCUGUCCAUUAUUGUCGUGGGUAAUUUCCUCAAGGACCUCAAGAGCAACUAUCUGGAAGGUGCUCUACUGGUGAUUGUAUAUAUCAUCAUUGCCGUGGCGGCUUUCUAUUACCCGAAUCCCGCACACCACGGAGGAGCAGCUGAGGGAGGAGCUGCAGCUCCGGCGGAAGGCCAUUGA